UAUCUAUGCAGUUACGUAAUUAAAACCUAAGGAAUCCUGAAUCCAUUUUGUUGUCCGAGCUCGUCUCAAUUGACUUAUCGCCCCUCCAAAAUCCUGGGUGGCUCUCGCGCGGUAAAAAAAAAUCAAAAAGAAUUCGGUUGGUUAACACUUACCUAUCGACAAGAACUCGCCCACCGCCUCGCUCCGGAUUUUCUCUUCUUAAAGAAACCGACACCUACAGGGUCCACGACGUGAACCAUGCCCGGAAGAACGAAAGCUAACGGCGAUGCGCCGGAGGAAGUAGACGUCAACAUGGAUGACGCCCCCCUGUCAGCGCAGAAACCCGUCGAAGGGGAGGAGGCGGAGGAGGAGGAGGAAGAAGAGGAAGAGGAAGAGGAAGAAGAAGAGGAGCCCCAACGAGUCCGAAUCUUGCCUGGAUCCUCUAACACGGCAGCUUCUUUCGAAUUCUUGAAGGAGGGCCACACGCUCGGGAACGCUCUGCGAUACAUCAUCAUGAAGAACCCCGAUGUCGAAUUCUGCGCGUACGCCAUCCCACACCCCUCGGAAGACAAGAUGAACUUGAGAAUCCAAACAUAUGGCACGACGACUGCCGCCGCCGCAUUGGCUAAAGGUCUUCAAGAUUUAGACGACCUUUGUGACAUCGUUGCAGACAAGUUCUGGUCCGAGCGCGAUAAGUUCAAUGCGCAACCGGAGCAGGCACGCAAGAGGCGGGAGGAGGCAGACGCGAGAAGGGCUACGGGAUCCGGGGCGGCUUGAGAGAGAACGCGGCGGGGCGGGCAGUAACGGCAUUUUUUUCGGG